AUUAAGAGCAAGGUCUCCGAAAAUUACACGGAGUGAUUUUUCCGUAAAGUGGCGACAACGAAAAAUUUCAGUUGAAAGGAAUUGAAUAGGUGACAAAAUGCAGAUAGUCUGUCAUGUAAAAAUAAAUGAAAAAAAGGAAUUAAAGAACAAAGACGUACGAAAACAAGUUACUUAAGGAUGGUUAUUUUUGAGCAUUUUUUAAAUUAUAGUUAAUUAGUUAUAAUUACUUUGUACUUCGUUAUGAGAUUAGUGAAAGUGACAUCAUGGGGAGAAAAGGAAAUGAACAGAAAAUAUGAAUGGAAAAUAUUUAAUUAUUGCUUGAAAUAAAGGGAUAAAGUAAUUUGACAAAUACAGUUAAAAUAUGACAGAAUAUUAGGAUGCCAUUGAAGAGGAAUAUUGUACAAUAUGAUGGCUUUUUAUAGUUUCUGUACUCCAGUAAAAAAGAUCCUGCUACCUGUUUCGAUUAUUGUGCAUGAAUGAGAGAAAGAGAAACAAGCCUGAUUGUGUCACAACAUUCGUCAAUUCAUUGAACAGUUCAUCCAUCAUACUUCGUUUUUCACUGUGAACUAUUUUCUGUGAUUUCUUAGAAGCAAAUGACUUGAGACCGUGUGACGUUCAUUUUUGUCAAGUGCGGAAGAAUGAGGACUGAAAUGUUUUCGUUUUGUGUGAUUAUUUCAUCUGUCAGCUACGUGUUAGCUCAGGAGACCGUUGUUACAUACAAUUUUCUUGAGGAACAAGGGGAGCUAACUUAUGUCGGAAAUGUUGCACGAGACAGCUUUUUGUACCAGAAUUAUACCGAUAUGUUUCCACAGAUGAAAUUUCAGAUUCUUACUCAGGGAAAUGUUUACGCAUCAAUGUUUACCAUCGACGAAAGUGCCAGUACAUUACGGACUGCAACAAAGUUGGAUCGUGAAGAUAUUUGCCCAUAUUCACAUCAGUGUACAUUAAACUUUAAUGUUGCUGUGUAUUUGAAAGAUUUGGAUACUGAAGUUCUCGAUUUGUUCAAAAUCAUCAAAAUUCAAGUCUUUUUGGAUGAUAUUAAUGAUAAUGCACCAGAAUUCCCAAACAAAGAAAUAACCAUCGCUAUUCCUGAAAAUUCAGAAGUUAAAAAAGAAUAUUUUACGCCUGGAGCUUUCGAUCUUGACACUGGGGCAAAUAAUUCUGUACAGAGAUAUGUUAUGGACCCGGCAAAUGAAAUGUUUGGAUUCGAUGUAUUAUAUAAUUCAGAUGGCACCUCAGAUUUAAACAUUGUUGUGAAAUACCCACUGGAUAGGGAAAGCAGAAGUUUCUAUCAACUUUUGAUCUAUGCCAUAGAUGGUGGCUUUCCAGUAAGAACAGGAUCGGUUAAGAUAAAUAUAACAAUAACUGAUCAAAAUGACAACCCACCAAUAUUUACGAAAAAGCAAUAUGGCAUUACAGUAGAGGAGAACACUGCAGUAAAUUCAACAAUUUUGGUUGUCACAGCAACUGAUGCCGAUGCAGACGACAAUGGAAACGUUUCCUAUCGGUUCAGUUCAAGAACGCCCAGCAAAGUCCGUGACAAUUUCGAUAUUAACAUCAUUUCAGGGGAGAUAAAAGUUAAGAGCCUAUUGAAUUAUGAGGACAAGAAAAACUGGACAUUCAAAGUGGAAGCUUUCGACCAUGGUAACCCAGCCCGAACCAGCACUUCGACCGUAGUUGUAAACAUUAAAGAUACAAAUGAUAACUACCCACAGAUAAAUAUAAACCUACCACCAGGUGGCACUAAAAUGUCAGAGGCCGCAGAUACCGGAAGUUUUGUUGCUCACGUUGUGGUGUUUGACCAAGAUGAAGGUGUGAAUGGGGAGAUAAAGUGUAAAGUACUUGGCAACGAUUUUCGUCUUGAGGACUUUAAAAUCGAGAAUAAUUACAAAGUAGUGUUGAAUAAGCCAUUAGAUUAUGAAGAGCAGGACAGUUAUGAAGUUAACAUUGAAUGUGAAGAUGGCGGCGACCCUCCAAAAGCUAAUGAAACCAGCAUUAUCGUGAAAGUUGAAGACAUGAAUGAUAAUUAUCCCAAAUUUUUGUAUGAUGUCUACGAGCAAACAUUCCAAGAGGAAGUGUUCCAAUCUAUAAUUGUUCAAGUUUCUGCAACAGAUGCAGAUAGUGGUGAAUUAGGGAAAGUCACAUAUGGACUCCAUUCCAACACAGAUCCAAGGUUCAAAAUUAAUUACAAAAGUGGUUUGAUAACUGCUAAUUCGAUCUUUGAUCAUGAAGUUGACCCAAUUAUAACUUUACAUGUUUUAGCAUGGGAUAAUGGUAAACCUUCAUUGACAUCUACUGCUACUGUGGUUAUAAAUGUUACUGACAUUAAUGAUAAUGCACCCAAGUUUCCAUCAAACCCUGUGGAGAUUAAAUUUCUAGAAGAACAACAGGCAAUGCAGACACAAAAUUUGAAUAUAACUGAUCCAGAUUUUGGACAAAAUGGAGAGUUUGAGUUGACAUUCCCACAAAAUGAUUAUCUUUCUGAAUAUUUUGAAUUUAAUGCAGUAACUGGGACAAUCAGAACUUUGAAACCAAUUGAUAGGGAAGAGAUACCUUAUUUCAAAUUCAUUGUCAAAGCUGUUGAUAAAGGAACCCCGCAGUUAUCGAGCACAGCUGAUGUGAUAAUUCAAAUCAUUGACGCAAAUGAUAACAUUCCAGCUAUAACUUAUCCAAAUAACGGAAACAACACCAAAUUCGUACCAGUUACAUCUCCUAUUGGUUUCUACAUAGCAACUGUGAUAGCAUCAGAUAAAGAUGAUGGACUUAACGCACAGUUGUUAUACUUCAUCGACGAAGGUGACGUUCGAGAUUUAUUUAAAAUUGAUGUGAACACUGGAAUUAUUUCAGUCGGAAGAGAGAUGGCGGAGAAAGAUGCAGAAACGUACAAACUACAGUUAGCUGUGCGGGACAAUGGAACACAGCAGAGAACGUCAUACGCAACUUUGCACGUUGUUGUUCAGCCAGCAAACGAAACGAAUUUAAUAUCGGUUGAAGAAGAAAAUAAACAGAAUAUUAUGCUUGUGGCUAUUUUUGUGGCGAUUACUGUAUUUAUAUCAAUUGCGAUAAUUUCUUCUAUCUUUAUACUUCGAUAUGUUGACAAGAGGAAUAGAGCAAGAAUUCCACCGAAGAUCAACGAAAAUCGAUUCUACGAUGCUCCUCCACGAGUUGACGAAAGUAUGUCUGCGACGUCGAGUGUCUCCAAGGACUCGGAUACAGAACUGUUAAAAAAACGUGCGAAAAAAGAAGUUAGUUUUUCAAUAGAUGAAAGCUACAGCGAUCCUGGCAACAAUUCUACGCUGACAAAUGUUACGUCUUUCUCUACUGUAAAACCUUCAUAUCUUUCCAUGGACUUUAAAUCUCCAGAGGACACACAGUCAACUACCUGGUUGUGCAAUAAUACCAUGUCUUCAGAUAUGAGUAAACUGGACAUGUACAGCGAGAAGGAGUUAUCUAGUCUAACCCACAGUCAGCUGCAAAAUGCCCUACAUCAUAUAGCAGGAGCUAACUCUGACAGACUAUGGUUACAACCAGUCAGAGAAGAAGAGUCGAAGCAUAUGAUGAUGAAACGAGCAGACGACACUCAUAGUGAGACUUCCCACGAGACAACGACCAGCGAUAGUGGGCGUGGUGGGAGCGAGGAAGAUAUACAUAGUAACAGAGGACAUCCCCUUAGUGAUACAGAAGAAGGCAAACAGUAUAAUUAUAACUACAGUAACCGUCACAGACAGAGGUCACGGAACGACAAGGUGAUGCCAAGACGACCUCCGCCGCCAAUUCCUACUGACAGUUUUCCAAGAAACAUUAGUUUUAGUGACGAUAGUGUAACUGCUAACACUACAGUCGCCAGUUACAAUAAAAUUUUGCCACCUAGUCCUGUGUCGAGUUCGACAAUGUACAAAACACCGCUGAAGCAGCAAGAACUGUUCACAAUCAGCGGAAAUUGUGCGAGAGACACAUUUUUAGAAACACAGAUGACAACUCCGGGUAUGGCAUAUUCGGUUGGCGAUAUUGAGACAAUGAGUGAAAUGGCAACAACUUGCCGAGAUGAUGCAAGUACGACUACAUCGGGAAGUUACACCAUUAAUCCUGAUGACUUGUGCAAUGAAAUAGACGAACUGUUCUUCAAAGAUGUCAUCGUCUGAUGAAAAGUUGUCUCCCUUUACUUGAAAAGAAUAGACACUGUGAAAGUGCAGAAACAAAUUGUGCCAAUUUUGAUAUUUGUUAAUUUAAUUUAAAUGCAAAAUGUAUCAAGAACAUUCAGAUGUUCUUGAAAAUCAAGUAACUUUAAAAGGUGCUACCUGAUUGGUCAGUAAUUGUCACAUGGUCAACAUCAACCAAUAAAACAUGCUUCUAAUGAAAAACAUCGGACCUCAAUAUAUUAGCGUUUAGUAAUGAUUCUUGCAAACAUUUUCAUUCAUCAUUUGUCAUCAAAUUAUUUCUCAUCAGUUUCAUUAUGUUUCCACGGUAACUGAGUGAUCUCAUUGUGGACUUGUUGUCUCUUAUGUUCAUGAAUGGAAAUCCUAUAAAAGAUAAAAAAAAAAUGAAAAAGAAAACAAGGAAAAUACUAUAUGUCAGUGAUUCUUGUUAUACUAUGUUUCGAGAAGAGGAUGUAAGAAAUGAGAUGUUGUUCAUACUACAUAAACUGAAUGAUUUUAUGGUUGUUGUGACACAAUUGGUUAUAUAUGUGCUAUUUUGUUUGUUGCUGAUGACGAAAAACAUUGAGAUUUUAAAUUUUCUGAACUUGAAAUUUUUAGGACAAAAACUUUUUGAAAAUCAGCAGUUUUAUGAUUUUCCCGGUUUUAGUAAAUGUUACAUCUAAAAUGAUUGGCUAAUAUGUUUUCAUGCUGUCAGUUAUGUGACACUAAGAAUGAUUGGCUUAUAUGGUUUAAGACUGUCAGAAAAUGAAACAAAAUACAGACACAUAUACUUCAGAGUGACUGGCCAAGACAAUAGUUUGAAAAGUUUAUUUUUUCAAUGCUUUUCAUCAUCUUGAAUGUUUCUCUUGUCUAUCCAUCUAUUUGUAUGUCGUAAAUUGUACAGAGAAUCUGUGAAUAUGUAUGAUAUGCAAAUAAGUUACUACUAAAUAUGUAAAGUAAUGCACAUUUCCUAACAGGCAGCAGGCAUAGGAAUUUUUACUCAUAUUUUAUAGUGCAAAGUUUUAAUUGAAAAGAAAAUUUCAAAUGAAAUUAGAAUACAGUAUUACUUGAAAAAAAGUUGUGAAUAUGUUUUGUUGUUUGUUCAAGUUUUAGUUUUGGGGAUUUUAUGGUAACUUUUUACUUUUAAAAGGGCAUACUGCAGGGGGCAGAGUUUACAAGGUUUUUAUUUGGUAAUUUAGAGAAAAUAUCUUUAUCUUGAAGAAAAAAAGAAUUCAUGAUUUUGAUUUACAUCUUUGAACCUAUCUUACAAGCAUUUAGAUAAAAAAAAUACCAUUUUUAUGGUUUAUUUCAUUUUAAAUACCAUUGUAUUAAGUCAAAGCCGCUGCAGUAUUGAUAAUUUUCAGUUAUUUCUUUUUUAGCUAAAAGUCAUCAAAGUCUGUUUAGAAAAUAUAGUAAAAAGCUCCAGCUGAAAUUUUAACACUGUUCUUAUCACUGUAUGUAUUUUACAGCCACUGGUUUUACUAACAGAGUCCAUUGAAUUUAUGUUUUAAUAUGAUGUUGUUUUAUUUUUGACUUUCAGUAGACUUUUCCCCAAAUUUCAAAUGGUCUUAGAGUAAACAUUUUCAGCCAAUAAAAACAGUCCACAGAUUUCAAUUCAUUCUGCUGUUUUUUUUUUCUAGAUAAGAAUGUUAAAAAUAAGGUUUUAUAAGAAUUUAUAAGUUUGAAAAAUAUUUUUGUUUUUAAUACAUUUGAAGUAUGUAUAAGAAAUUCAGUAUGUGAGGAAAAAAAAAGAAAAUUGUUGGUAUAUAAAAUGUUACAUAAUUCAGUUGCCAGAAGAUUUUGUCAAAAUUGAAUUUAUUUUUUUAUCACAGUAUUAAGUUUUUGUAGUAGGAUAAUUCAGUAGAAAAAAAUCAAAAGAAAAUUCAGUUGGGCUCUCUUGUACUUACUCCACUUUGUUUUAACCCAUGAUUGUUGAUAUUUUUUGUACAAUUCUUGUAUAGAUUAUUGAGUGUAUUAAAUAUACUCGUAUAUUAUAUUGGGGUCGUGGAAGUGACCCCAUAAUGAUGCAAAAAUACAAAAAAUCAAAUGAA